AUGUUUCUUUCAUUUUUUCCUUAUUCUUUUUUCCUAUCCUAUUUUUCUUUCUUUCUUUUUUUUUAUUUCCCCGCCAAAUCUAUAUAUUCACAAAAUCAUUUUUUAAUUCACCUUUCUUUCACUUUUUCAUUUUUAUUUUACUGUUUCAUUCUUUCUCUUCUUCCUUACAAUAAAACUCUCUCUCUCUCUCUCUCUCUCUCUCUCUCUCUCUCUCUCUCUCUCUCUCUCUCCUUCUCUCUCUCCCUUCUUUUUUCUGUCUCUCAUCUUGAAUAUUUUUCCUCUUCCUUUAACCAAAAUUUCCUCUCACUAAAAGAUCUCUCUUUUUACUCUCUUUCUGUCUUUUAUCUCUCUUCUUUUUCUCUCUUAUCUUACAUAUUUCCUUCCUCUUCCUUCAACCAAAAUUUCAUCUCCUCCUACUUCACCUUCUCUUUAGAAAGAUCUCUCUUUUUACUCUCUUUCUGUCUUUUACCUCUCUUCUUUUUCUCUCUUAUCUUACAUAUUUCCUUCCUCUUCCUUCAACCAAAAUUUCAUCUCCUCCUACUUCACCUUCUCUUUAGAAAGAUCUCUCUUUUUUUUCUCUCUUUCUGUCUUUUAUCUCUUCUUUUCUCUCUUAUCUUACAUAUUUCCUUCCUCUUCCUUCAACCAAAAUUUCAUCUCCUACUACUUCACCUUCUCUUUAGAAAGAUCUCUCUUUUUACUCUCUUUCUAUCUCUCUUUUUACUCUCUUUCUGUCUUUUAUCUCUCUUCUUUUUCUCUCUUAUCUUACAUAUUUCCUUCCUCUUCCUUCAACCAAAAUUUUAUCUCCUACUACUUCACCUUCUCUUUAGAAAGAUCUCUCCUUUUACUCUCUUUCUGUCUUUUAUCUCUCUUCUUUUCUUCUCUCUAUCUUACAUAUUUCCUUCCUCUUCCUUCAACCAAAAUUUCAUCUCCUACUACUUCACCUUCUCUUUAGAAAGAUCUCUCUUUUUACUCUCUUUCUGUCUUUUAUCUCUCUUCUUUUUCUCUCUUAUCUUAUAUAUUUCCUUCCUCUUCCUUCAACCAAAAUUUCAUCUCCUACUACUUCAACUUCUCUUUAGAAAGAUCUCUUUUUACUCUCUUUCUGUCUUUUAUCUCUCUUCUUUUUCUCUCUUAUCUUACAUAUUUCCUUCCUCUUCCUUCAACCAAAAUUUCAUCUCCUACUACUUCAACUUCUCUUUAGAAAGAUCUCUCUUUUUACUCUCUUUCUAUCUCUCUUUUUACUCUCUUUCUGUCUUUUAUCUCUCUUCUUUUUCUCUCUUAUCUUACAUAUUUCCUUCCUCUUCCUUCAACCAAAAUUUCAUCUCCUACUACUUCACCUUCUCUUUAGAAAUAUCUCUCUUUUUACUCUCUUUCUGUCUUUUAUCUCUCUUCUUUUUCUCUCUUAUCUUACAUAUUUCCUUCCUCUUCCUUCAACCAAAAUUUCAUCUCCUACUACUUCACCUUCUUUUAGAAAUAUCUCUUUUUUUACUCUCUUUCUGUCUUUUAUCUCUCUUCUUUUUCUCUCUUAUCUUAUAUAUUUCCUUCCUCUUCCUUCAACCAAAAUUUCAUCUCCUACUACUUCACCUUCUCUUUAGAAAUAUCUCUCUUUUUACUCUCUUUCUAUCUCUCUUUUUACUCUCUUUCUGUCUUUUAUCUCUCUUCUUUUUCUCUCUUAUCUUACAUAUUUCCUUCCUCUUCCUUCAACCAAAAUUUCAUCUCCUACUACUUCACCUUCUCUUUAGAAAGAUCUCUUUUUUACUCUCUUUCUGUCUUUUAUCUCUCUUCUUUUUCUCUCUUAUCUUACAUAUUUCCUUCCUCUUCCUUCAACCAAAAUUUCAUCUCCUACUACUUCACCUUCUCUUUAGAAAUAUCUCUCUUUUUACUCUCUUUCUGUCUUUUAUCUCUCUUCUUUUCUCUCUUAUCUUAUAUAUUUCCUUCCUCUUCCUUCAACCAAAAUUUCAUCUCCUACUACUUCACCUUCUCUUUAGAAAUAUCUCUCUUUUACUCUCUUUCUGUCUUUUAUCUCUUUCUUUUUCUCUCUUAUCUUACAUAUUUCCUUCCUCUUCCUUCAACCAAAAUUUCAUCUCCUACUACUUCAACUUCUCUUUAGAAAAGAUCUCUUUUUACUCUCUUUCUAAUUAUCUCUCUUUUUACUCUCUUUCUGUCUUUUAUCUCUCUUCUUUUUCUCUCUUAUCUUAUAUAUUUCCUUCCUCUUCCUUCAACCAAAAUUUCAUCUCCUACUACUUCAACUUCUCUUUAGAAAGAUCUCUUUUUUACUCUCUUUCUGUCUUUUAUCUCUCUUCUUUUUCUCUCUUAUCUUACAUAUUUCCUUCCUCUUCCUUCAACCAAAAUUUCAUCUCCUACUACUUCACCUUCUCUUUAGAAAGAUCUCUCUUUUACUCUCUUUUCUGUCUUUUAUCUCUCUUCUUUUUCUCUCUUAUCUUACAUAUUUCCUUCCUCUUCCUUCAACCAAAAUUUCAUCGCCUACUACUUCACCUUCUCUUUAGAAAGAUCUCUUUUUUGGAAUUCUUUCUGUCUUUUAUCUCUCUUCUUUUCUCUCUUAUCUUACAUAUUUCCUUCCUCUACCUUCAACCAAGAUUUAAUCUCCUACUAAUUCACCUCCUCUUUAGAAAGCUCUCUCUCUCUCUCUCUCUCUCUCUCUCUCUCUCUCUCUCUCUCUCUCUCCCCCUCUGGUUUAUCUUCCUUAUCUUAAAGCUCUCUCUCUCUUUCUCUCUCUUUCACUCUCUCUCUCUUUCUCUCUCUCUCUCAUUUUCACUCUCUCUUUUGUUCUCUCUCUCUCUCUCUCCCAAAACUCUAUCUCACUUUCAUUCUCUUUCUGUUUCACUCUCUCUCUCUCUCUCUCUCUCGUUUCUCUCUCUUAUCUUGCAUAUUUUUUCCUCUUCCUUAAGUCAAAAUUUAAUCUCCUCCUACCAGUUCAAAUUCUCUUCAGAAGUCUCUCUCUCUCUCAUCCCCUCCCCUUUCCCCUACAUUGCCUCCUUAACUCCCCCUCUUCCUGUUCCUCCCAUUUGUUUUUAUUCAAGCUCUCCUCCCUUUUUCACCAUUUUUCUUCUUUCUUACCACCUCCUCGUAAUAUUUCUAUUCAUUCUUGCUGCCUUUACAUGUCUCUUUCUCUCUCUUUGUACCUUUAUUCCCUCUUUUCCAUCUUUAUGA